CGCAUAUCGACUUUUCUUUUUUUUUUUAUUUAUUUAUCUUUAUAACACUAGGCAUUCCUAUAAAAAUUAUUAUUCACAGACAAUAGUUUCAUCAAACCUAAAUCAAGAAGAAUUUAAUCCUGACAAUGUUGAUCAAAACAUCAUUAUGGGUUAUAUGGGAAACAAAAUAGAAAAAGCCGAACUUGGUAGAGCAACUUGGAAGUUUCUUCAUACAAUGAUGGCAAGAUAUCCCGAAAAACCAACAUCACAAGAAAGACAAGCAUUACACGAUUUUAUGAUGUUAUUUUCAAGAUUAUAUCCCUGUGGUGAAUGUGCGACACAUUUUAAUAAAUUACUUUUAAAAUAUCCACCACAAACUUCAUCUCGUUUCGCUGCCUCUCAAUGGCUAUGUGCGAUGCACAACAUUGUUAAUGAAAAGCUUCAUAAACCCAUUUAUGAUUGUAAAGAUAUCGACUCACAGUAUCCAUGUGGAUGUGACAAUUCAACAGCUAUAAAAUAAAAUAAAAAUGCUCGAAUUUUUUUUUUCUGUUUUUAUUAU